UGGCAACUGCCAACGCUCAAGGAAACUCCUCCCUGUUGACAGCACGCUCUGUCGCCUACUCAGCGCAAUGGUAUCUUGGAUUAUUUCUAGACUCGUUGUGCUUGUAUUUGGCACAUUAUAUCCUGCAUAUUCGUCAUAUAAAGCAGUCAAGUCAAAGGAUGUGAAGGAAUAUGUGAAAUGGAUGAUGUACUGGAUUAUAUUUGCUCUAUUUACAACUUUCGAAACCAUCACAGAUAUAUUUGUCUGUUGGCUUCCCUUCUAUUAUGAGCUGAAGAUUGCCUUUGUGGUGUGGUUACUGUCCCCCUACACAAAGGGCUCCAGUGUUCUAUACAGAAAGUUUGUUCACCCAACACUAUCUUCUAAAGAGAAGGACAUUGAUGACUAUCUCUGCCAGGCAAAAGACAAAAGCUAUGACACUCUGGUGACUUUUGGGAGGAAAGGUCUGAAUGUGGCAGCCACAGCUGCAGUCCUGGCUGCGACAAAGAGCCAAGGAGUGCUGUCCGAUAGACUGCGAAGUUUCAGCAUGCAGGACUUGUCCGCUUACCAAUCCGAACCAGCUGAGAUGGACCCUGGAUCUGUUCCCAGUCAGUCUGCAGCUGGACAACACAGGACCAGGAUGAUGAUGCGCAGCAAAUCCGAGACUGGCUACAACAAGGGGCAGGAUUUUGACAUGACUGAAUAUGAAGUGUUGAGCUUCGACCAGUGUGACACCAAGGUGCCGCUGUCCCGCACUGCUAUCCCCCCUGAACCCACAUCCCCUCCUUCGCCCACUCUCACCUCCCAGACCUCUCGACACUCACCACCUCCAUCCCCUGCACGCCUGUCGGCGGAGCAGGCUGAGGACAUGGGGAGUGGGGAAGGGACACCAACAAGCUCCCCGCAGGUCAGGCUGAUUAAGAGGAAGGCGCCUGAGCCUCCUCUUAGAGUCUUAAGGCCUUUCACAAGAUCCAGGAGUGCCCAGCUGUCUUCAAACAGAGAAGCCAUGUGAUAUUGUGGGACUGCUCCCAAGACUGCUCUAGCUGCAUGGAGAAGGGGGUAAAUGAGGAAAUGUGGCCAAUAGCUAAAUGUAUAAAGCAGCAUUGUUUAGAAAAUGGAAACCAAAGCAACUUGUGACCCUCUAUCUUUAUAUAUGACCUUUGGCACAUACUGUAGUGUAAAGGAGACAGGGUGGGUGCUGUCAUUGUAGCAAAUCAGAGUGGGUUCAUUACCGUACAGACAUUUGGGUUUAUUUGUCCCUCAUUGUCUUUUUUGUAUGAAUGUACUGUAUGUAGUGUGUGCAUUUGUCAUUUUUUUUGUCAUAUUUUCUUUUUAGAAUAGUAUGUUUGAGACAAAUGCAUGAAUGUCUCCGGUCAUUUGUCAGGUGAUAUUUCAUCGUAACAACAGAAUGUAUUGUCAAAGAAUCUGUUUCUUUUUUUGUGUCCAGUUGGUCAAUGUUUGAGAGUAGCAGGGAAAACUACUUAAUGUUUGAUGAAGGAUUUGGUUGUCCAGUCACUCUCUUGGGUAUUGUAGCUGGCAAAUACAAUCUGAACUGACAGUUUAACCAGACCCCCAUUAAAGAACAUAAUUGUCUGGUCAGGUUAAUAUCAUUCCUCAAAUGUGGAAUAUAUUCAAGAGAGAAUGGCAAUCGUAGCACCUCAAGAAAGCUGAAUAUUACUAUUUCUUCUAGCAAUGGAACUAAGAGCUGGCCAACUAAAAGGGGGUCAGCUAAGUUUUGCUAUUUGCCUAUAAAGCCUUAAACCAUAAACAAAACAUUUUGAGUUCCUAGUACUACAAAACAGUAAUAUCAGUACAUAAAUAAUCUGUUCGAUUCAGCUCUAUAACAUAUUCACUCUAUGAUUCUUCCAACAAAAACAAAUCACAGUGUUUUUGAAGUGACCAUAUGACUACUGUGUUCACAGUUAAUGCACCAGUUCUAGUACCAUUCAGCUGCCAAAAACAAUUAACAUAAGACAUUUAAGAAUGGUCUAUUCAUGUUUGGUUCACUGAUCAGUAUGUUAUGGGUACUGACAUUAUAAAUGUAUGGGAAAGAGUUCGUAUUCCCAAAAAUAAAUGCCUUCAGGGAAUGUUGGCAAUCACUUUAAUUCUCGUUAUGACUUAUCUAGCAUUUAAGUGUCAUUCUAUUGUUUUGUUAAGGUUUUUGUUGUUUUCUAUAUGCAUAACUACAGGUUUAGCACAUAUAACACACUUUAUAUUGUGCAGGUAUUGUAUAACAAAAGACAGCCAGAUGGCUAUAGGGUCCUUCUUGUAGUCUAAAAUCACUGUGCAAUACUCUACCUUCACUGAACAAAUGUCAAUCCACACUAAAAUUUGACAUUUCUCAAUGUAGCCACAAUCGUUGACAUAUAUUCCCAGACAAUGUGAAGAGAUUAAUUUCUCUCUCACUCCUGCCUGUUGCCUACAUUUUAGGUUUUAGCAAUUACCCUAAAGGCAGGUUUGUUCUUAGCUUCUGUAAAUAAUUAUUGGGAGACUGUUUUUGCCUAUGGUAGUAAGACAAAUAUGGUCAGUUAUGCACUGUCAAUAUGCACAUGAAUUUAGGUUAAACCCUCUUGGCUAUAACACAAUGCAUCAUUCAGUCUAUAAUGCAUCAUCAUUUGAAUAAUUAUGAAUUUUGUUAGAAAUGAAAGCUUCUUCUCAGGUACGUGUUCAGUUUACACAUUAAAAUCAAACGUUCUGGUAGAUACGUUUAACUAUACACCUUGGAAAAUAAAUAUUAGUAAGAGAAUUCUUGAAAUGGAAAAUAUGACUUGAGCAUUCAGUCAGACAUUGCUCUUUUACCCAUUGUCAAAUUAACUUACCGGCUGGUCUUAAGUACUGUAUAAAACAUAUUCCUAGAGCCAUGUCAACCCCUCCUACAGGUAUGACUUCUCAGAAGUAGAAGUGUAUAGAGGAUGAUACUUUAUAAAAAUAAAGACACUGCAUUAACAUUGCUAUGGCAGUUUAUUGAAAGUCAGACUUCAGCUAGUGUUCACUAGGUAUAGUUUCUAUAGCUAUAACUGAUAAACCCUGAAUAUUUCUACAAUUUGUUUUCAUAAAAUGUUAUUUUAAACCUAGCCCAACUGUUGACCUCCUGCUUAACCCUAACCCGAAGACCAAAAAAAUGAAUUUUUUUGUGGCAGUGGAAUAUAAUUGCAAUAGAAGCUUAUGACGUUUGGCAGUUUAUGGGCAGAGAAUUAACCUGUGGUAGAUUUAUAUAUUUAUUUUGCACCAUCAGCAUAGUUGCAGUGUUGUGGUUUUUUAAUGUGACAGCCUGCUUUUCAUAUACUGAAAUUAAGUGAAUUGUGUUGUUGCCAUGUAGCUGUUAGAAGUACACUGAAUAAGCAAUCAUUGCAUGAUUUGUGUUAUUUAGUAAAUAUGGAUUUACUACACAGCUUUGGGUGGAUUUGUGUGGAUUUACCUGCAUUAUUAAAUGCAUUAAUCAUUUUAUGCUGAAAUAUCUGAUUUUUUCACAAUAAUUUUGAAUCACUUUGUGGCAAAAUGAAUUUGUAAAACCUAGAGAGGAACAUUUCUGAUCUAUAUUGAUUAUAAAUCCCAUGAAGGCCUCAGAGUAAAAUUCACUGACAGGAAAGAAUCUUUCAUUAUCUUCAAAUUUUGUUAAUUUCUGUUAAGAAAAAAUGAUAAAACAGGGAUGAGCUAUGAUGACUGUCCAUGAGUGCAUUCUCUGUAUCCUGUGUUGUUGUUGGUGAACUGAUAACCAAUAAAAGAGACAAUGUAGUG